AUGCAGCCGGCCGCCCUUCUCGGCUUUCUGGGAGCCACGGUGGUUGCAGCCGUCAGCUCUAUGCCAAUGGACAUCAGCAACCACAAUGAAGAAAUGGUGACUCACUGCAUCAUCGAGGUCCUCUCAAAUGCCCUAUUGAAGUCCAGCGCUCCACCCAUCACCCCUGAGUGCCGACAAGUCCUGAAGAAUAAUGGAAAAGAGCUCAAAGAUGAAGAGAAAAGUGAAAAUGAAAACACAAGGUUCGAAGUGAGAUUGUUGAGAGACCCAGCUGACACCUCAGAAGCCGCUAGGCUCUCCAGUAGGGAGGACUCAGGGGAGGGGGAUGCCCAAGUCCCAACAGUAGCAGACACGGAGAGCGGUGGGCAUAGCCGUGAGCGGGCAGGCGAGCCCCCGGGAAGUCAAGUGGCCAAAGAAGCAAAGACACGCUAUUCUAAGAGCGAGGGACAGAACAGGGAGGAAGAAAUGCUAAAAUAUCAGAAAAAGGAACGUGGGGAAAUUGGCAGUGAGGAGAGACUGUCUGAAGGGCCUGGAAAGGCACAAACGGCCUUUCUCAACCAAAGAAACCAGACUCCGGCUAAGAAAGAGGAGUUAGUGUCCAGAUAUGAUACACAGUCUGCCGGGGCCCUUGACAAGUCGCACAGCCGGGAGAGGAGCAGCCAGGAGAGCGGAGAGGAGACCAAGAGCCAGGAGAACUGGCCCCAAGAGCUCCAACACCGUCCGGAGGGCCAGGAAGCACCCGGAGAAAGCGAAGAGGAUGCCAGCCCUGAGGUGGACAAACGGCGCUCGAGGCCAAGACACCACCACGGGAGGAGCAGGCCCGACAGAUCCUCUCAGGAGGGGACUCCUCCCCUAGAGGAGGAGUCACACGUGGGCACGGCCAACUCAGGGGAAGAGAAAGCCCGCCAUCCAGCCCACUUUAGGGCUUUGGAGGAGGGAGCCAAAUAUGGGGAGGAAGUGAGGAGACACUCAGCUGCCCAGGCUCCUGGAGACUUGCAGGAGGCACGAUUCGGGGGCAGAGGCCGUGGAGAGCACCAGGCUCUAAGGCUUCCCAGCGAGGAGAGCCUAGAGCAGGAAAACAAGAGACAUGGCCUCAGCCCGGAUCUAAACAUGGCGCAGGGAUACAGCGAGGAAAGCGAGGAAGAGAGGGGUCCGGCCCGCGGACCCAGCUACAGAGCCCGGGGAGGGGAGGCGGCGGGCUUCUCCACGCUAGGCCAAACAGAAGAGAAACGGUUCUUGGGUGAAACGCACCACCGUGUUCAGGAAAGCCAGAGGGACAAGGCGAGGCGCCGCCUAUCAGGCGAGCUGAGAAAUUACCUCGACUAUGGUGAGGAAAAGGGUGAGGAAGCAGCCAGAGGGAAGUGGCAGCCGCAGGGAGACCUGCGAGACGCUGACGAGAACAGGGAAGAGGCUAGGCUUCGAGGCAAACAGUAUGCUCCCCGUCACAUCAUUGAAAAGAGAUUAGGGGAGCUACUCAAUCCAUUCUACGACACUCCCCAGUGGAAGAGCAGCCGUUUUGAGAGAAAAGGCCACAUGGAUGACAGUUUUCUUGAGGGUGAAGAGGAAAAUGGGCUGACCUUGAAUGAGAGAAAUUUCCUCCCAGAAUACAACUAUGACUGGUGGGAGAAAAAGCCCUUUGAAGAGGAUGUAAACUGGGGGUAUGAGAAGAGAAACCUGGACCCCACACUGGAUCUAAAAAGGCAGUAUGACCGAGUGGCCGAACUGGACCAACUCCUUCACUACAGGAAGAAGUCAGCUGAGUUCCCAGACUUCUAUGACUCCGAGGAGCAGAUGAGCCCACAACACACAGCAGAAAAUGAAGAGGAGAGGGCUGGCCAAGGAGUUCUGACGGAGGAAGAGGAAAAAGAACUUGAAAACUUGGCUGCGAUGGAUUUGGAACUACAGAAAAUAGCUGAGAAGUUCAGUGGUAACCGAAGGGGCUAA